ACAGCUUCUUUUAAUCUGCAGGAAAGAGGGAAAAGGACGUUUCUGUGGAUCGACAAGCGAGAGGAACUUUCCCGCUGGUGGGGAACGCAUCUGCACUCGGCGUUUCUCCAGCUUUUAUCCGAUUUCUCAACCCCCAUAUACGGAGGGAACGGGGUUUCUCGCGGGUGCCGUAUCGAACUGUCCUUGCGCCCUUUCGCGAAGCUACCACGCGUGUCUGUUUUUGUUUUGUGCCGUUUUCUGUCUGCAUUUGCCGGCGUUUCUCGAAAUUUCUGACAGCCGCUUUCGCGAUCACCAAAGAGCGGACCGUAUUCGCGCUCAACUGCGCGUCCGCGUCGUUGACUGGUCUUCUUCAGCACGACCCGAAGUCUGUUUCUUUUCCUCGACGGCCGCGGGAAUUGCCGCGAGCACUGGACCUCUCACAUUCGUGCAACUGCGUCGAAAAGCCGAGGCGGAAGGCCGUUCGCCUCGUUUCGACCUGCCGAGGAUCUAGGAACGUUCCCGCUCUUUUUCGCGCUCCUAAAAAUGGCUUCCACGUCCGUUCUCAGCUCGCUGGCCGCGGCAGGCCUCGACAAACUGGACAAGCUGGAGCCUUCCGACCAGAGUGUGAAGAAGGAGUACGAACAGUUCAAGAAGGACCUCACGCGCCAGGCAGUGAUUUCCCUCAAGGACCGCAUUCCGAGAAAAAUUCUCCACUUCAACAAUCUCACGAACGUCAACGCAGAUCCGGGCUCCUUGUUUCCGUCAGCGGAUAUGGCCCAAAUGUCGAAGGGGGAGGGAAAACAUGCGGAAAGUGGAGACUGCGACACAAGUGUAACGACAUCCGGUAGCCUCCCUCCGGGGAAACGGAUAAAGCUGGAUGAUGGCCGCAUGUGCUACACCCACGUCAUGCCUCGCCACGGACAGAUCUGUGAACAGUUGGAACAACUGAAAAGAGACGCUGCGGAGCUCGUGGAGACACUGGGUCAGGUAAAGCUGUGGAUCCAACUGAACGUCCCCCGGAUCGAGGACGGCAACAACUUUGGAGUGGGCAUCCAAGAAGAAGCCAUCCAAGAGCUCGCGAGAGUCGAGGACUGGGCCUUCAAUCUCUACGACGCAAUUUUCAAGUACUACAUGGCGAGAGCGAAGUUGUCCACCAAGGUUUUGAAAUACCCCAAUGUCGGAGAUUACUGGGAAGCAAUUCGAGAGCUGGAUGAGAAGGAACUGCUUCACAUAAAAUUCACAAAAGUCGAUAUGCGGAACAACUACUCGAUGCUCUACGACCUCCUGUGCAAGAACUGGGAGAAAGUUGUAAAGCCGAAGAACGAAGACACGCGCAGUCGAAUGACUUUCUAAACGUGAUUUCGCCAGAGCAGUGGGCAGGCUGCAUAGACCUGUCACUGCUUCCGUGUCGGGCUGCUGGAUUUCGAGGUCGGUCCAUGUUUCGUCUUCGUGGGGAGAUUCAUGCUUUGGCACUUCGGCUACGUACUCUGCUCGCAAGUGUUUCACCGCAUGCCGUGUCUCUCGCGGUAAAAGCAGUGGAGUGCGGUUGUAGGGCGUGUGAGUUGAAAGAUUUUCAAAAAGCAAGGCAGUUCAAGCAAUUCAUUGGUGAAGUCUCUUGGCAGCUUUGCGGUGUCUGUACACCCCGUCGCUGCAUGGCACUUGCUCGAAACAGGGUCGUCAGCUGGUCUUCCAACCGCAGGUGCAUGGGGGCAUGUGGGCAGUGUCUGCCGUCGCACAGCGAAACUCUUGACUCAGACUUCAGAUUUCAAUGAAAAACGGUUAUUGUGUGCUUUCAACGAGUGGUAGUGAGCGGAUAAAGGGCAUCAACGCAGUGGUCCGUUUCGACACAAUAACGUCAUUGGGAAAGCGACUUGACAUUCGUUCUGUGUAGCGGACUAUCUUCACUGUGUGAGCGUGAGUGAGCACACAUUUUGGCGAGUGCCGCCCAGGCGAAAAUUCCCGUCUGGUCUGUUUGUGCUAAAGCGACGAGCACCAGCGUCAAUUUCGCAAGCCACCACCGAAGAGCCGGUGACAACACUUGCACUCACCUCGUGAAAAUUCGUCUGCCGACUAACACAUUUCCAGAUAAAAGCCGUC